UUGCAGACACAUGGAAGAAGAUGAUAAAUUACUCCCAAAUCAUCACUGCAAGAUCUUUUUUUGAUUUCUGUUUGUCUUUCAGAGGUCGCUUAAGACAAAUAUAGCUAAAUCAGGACAAAAGAAGCUGAGUUGAAUUCAGGAUUUUUAUCAAAGGUAUCCUCCUCUUAUUUUCUUCUGCUUUCAACCAAGCAGUAACUUGGUUAAAGACUCCUAGUUGUAAUGCUGUCCUCAGUGACCAGAGGAACAGGUGCAUUCAAAUUGGAGGAGAUGAAUGUGUUUUGUGGCCGUGCACUUUUUUGCCUCACGAGGAUAGAGUGGUUCUACCCAUAAACCACACAAACUUGGAAGGCAGGACAGAAAUAUGCAGCAGUUUGGCUGAAAAACAGAAAGUUCUGGAAGUGAAAGAAAGCGGCGUAUCAACAUUUAACCAACGUGCAAGGGAGCUCUCAAUCUACGUUGGACGGAGCCCGGCCAGUCGUGUAUGUGACAGCCUGAUCGCGUGAAGCCGCGUGGCCGUCCUCGCUGAGGCAUGAAUGUAGGAAGAGCCCACCAGCACAAUUUCCUGUCGUGUGAAGAAGAAGGCCUGAGACUCACCGGUAUGCCUGCCGUGGGGAGCUUCGGCAAUGGCAAGAUCCACACCAGACGUCAAAGACAUGGCCGCUUCGUCAGCAAGACGGGCCAAUGCAACAUCCACUUUUCCAACAUGGACGACAAGUCGAGUCGUUACAUUUCGGACAUGUUCACCACUUGCGUGGACAUACGCUGGCGCUACAUGUUCCUGGUCUUCAGCCUGGUGUUCGUGGUGUCCUGGCUGAUGUUCGGCUUGGCCUACUGGGUCAUCGGCCUGCUGCACGGCGACAUGGACCGUCUUGCAGAUGACGACGCGUUCGUGCCGUGCGUCACGCAGGUGAACACUUUCGUCGCUGCUUUCCUCUUCUCCAUCGAGACCCAGACGACAAUCGGGUAUGGAGCUCGGUGCGUGACCGAAGAAUGUCCCGCCGCUGUCUUCAUGGUGGUCUUCCAGUCUAUUGUGGGCUGCGUCAUAGACGCAUUCAUGAUUGGUGCCAUCAUGGCCAAGAUGGCACGGCCCAAAAAGCGAGCGGAGACGCUCCUGUUCAGCCGCAACGCAGUCAUUGCCAUGCGUGACGGAAAGUUGUGUCUCAUGUUCAGGGUGGCCAAUCUAAGAAAAAGCCAUAUAGUGGAGGCUCAUGUUCGAGCUCAGAUGGUCAAGCCUCGUUACACGGAAGAGGGCGAGUACAUCCCUCUGGAUCAGAUCGACAUGAACGUCGGCUACGACAGAGGCACCGACCGCCUCUUUCUGGUCGCGCCCAUCACCGUCAUCCAUGAGAUCGAUGAAGAUAGUCCUUUGUUUGGUAUCAGCAAGCAAGAUCUGGAGAUAUCUGACUUUGAGAUCGUGAUCAUACUGGAAGGUCUGGUCGAAGCCACCGCCAUGACCACGCAAGCACGCAGUUCAUACCUGUCGUCGGAGAUACUUUGGGGUCACCGCUUUGAGCCGCUCAUCUUCGAAGAGAAGAACCAGUACAGGAUAGAUUACGCCUACUUUCACAAGACCUUCGAGGUCCCGUCGACCCCUAGGUGCAGCGCCAGGGACAUGGAGGACAGGAAAUUUCCCACAUCCGGUGCUAACUCCUUCUGCUAUGAGAACGAGCUAGCCUUCAUUAGCAGGGAUGAGGAAGAGGAAGAGGCAGACUUUGACAAAGAAGAUAGACAGUGUUCUACGGGCCUGCUGAAUGAGCGCGACACCCCUGAGCGGGAUCAAAAAUCAUCCAGUCAAGAAUCUGAGAUUUAAAUGACAGAAAUUUAGUGUUUUGUUUUGCUUUCAGAUGGGAUAAAAAAAAAUAAAUAAAUAAAUAAAACAUCAACUGUUUAUAAAAUACAUGUGCAUGCCCACAAAGUUUUCAAAAAUUCCAAGAAAGUGGAAACUUUUCAUGGAAAUAAUAGAAAUCUGUGGUGACGAUUUACACAAUAGCUGCCUGUGGACACCAUAAGGUGGAGGCAAAGCACUACUUUUCUCCAAAUGAAACAACUCAAUUUACUUCAACCUAAUGAUUUGGUUCCAAAAGGUGAUCACGGAGGAUAGAAUUCCCCCCAAAACAUGCAAAUGACAAAACACAAAUACACAUGCCCAAAAUUCACCAUAUUAAAUUCAAAAGUAAUUUAUCUGAAUUUUUCCAACCCAUUGUCCCUAAGUUUGAAUAAAUGUAUCCUUUAAAAAUAAAAAACAUCUUUCAGAAUUCACUAAUACACUGGUUUUUACUAUUUUACUUUCAUGUUACACAACAUUAGGUGAACCUGAACAAUCAUACUGAGCGAGGGUUGUGUUUUCAUCUUUUUUGUCCUUAAUAUUAAUAAUAAUACUAAUAAUAUAUAUAUAUAUAUUUUUUUUUAAUCAAUCAUGUUUCACUCUAUAUGCUGCGAGGACAAUCUCACCUAUGUUGUUUGAUUCAAAUUCUAUUAGUAAUUAGCAGUGUUGUUACCAACGGCGUUAUUUUUUUCAGUAGUGGGUAAUCUAAUUAAUUACUUUUCUCAUCUUGGCAACGCCGUUACCGUUACUGAGGAUGGAAAGGCAUGCGUUACUAUGCGUUACUAUAUUGGGCGAAAAGUCUGAGGGAGACGGACUCACCGAGACGACAGAGCAGAGCAGGAGUAGGGAGGAGGCAAGAAAGUUGUGACGCCGAGCAAACGCGAUGCUAGGUAGCUCCAAUAAUACAUGUUGUAGCCGAUAGCCUACAAACUACGCCCGCAUGUUAUGGUAGAUAUGGUAGACAUGGUAGAUAUGGUAGAUAUCACAUGUACUGUACAUAGAUAUAACUAGAUGCAAAAUCACAGACAUGGCACUAAAUGAGUUAGUAGACAGCCGCCAUCUUAAAGCAGUAAACUUUUUAGGACGGCUCUGUUGCAGAGAACCUUCCUAGCGAACCUAAGUAACUUUUUAUCUAAAAUACUUUUAAAUCGGCAAAAUCUUGACUUGAAUCUAUCUUUAAAUGAUGAAACAGUUUUAAAACUUUCCUAUGUCGAAAGUAGAGAGAAGGGAACUAAUGCAAUAAUGGGAGCAAUUUUAACAACUUUUAACAGUUGAUUCAGGGUAAAGGGUAAAUUAGGGUAAAGAAUUGGGCUCGGGCCAAUUGGACCAAAAACCUUCACAAAAAACUUCACAUCGUGUGGCCAAUGUUUUUUUUUUUUUUUGUGAAAAAAAAAAAGUAAUUAUCACCAAUUACUUUGCCAAGUAACUAAUUACUCUUACAUUCAGGUAAUUGAGUUACUAACGCAAUUACUUUUUGGGAGAAGUAAUUUGUAACUAUAAUUAAUUCCUUUUUUUCAGUAAGAUUAACAACACUGGUAAUUAGUCAUCUAUUAGUAAGCCAAUACCAUUUUUUGGCUUCCGAUCCCGACGCCCGGCUGUGUGGUAUCGGCCAAUGCGAUACUGUUCUGAUACCACGUUUUUUGAAAAUAAAAUGCUUUUUCCUUUUAAUAGCAGUUUACUACAUACUCGCUUGAUUAUAAAAUGAUUGCUACCAUGGCUUGGUCAGACACUGCUUAACUCAUUGUCUGCCAUUGACGGCGCAUAGACAUCAUAAUGUAAUUGACGGGACAUGGGGCACGGGGCCGAUAAAUAAGGGGCCUGCAUUGUUGGCGAGGCCGUCAAAGCUGACCGAGUGGAAUCACAGACAAAGAGCUUUUUCGUUGAAAAUUCUUGUGAAAACAUCAAUAAAGCUUAGAAAAAUGUUCAUCAGAUAAAAAAUGAUUGAGGCAUUUAAUUUGUAAAAUGCAUGCUAAAAUCUUUGUCAUUGGGAUUGCUUUUUGCAUUAACACAUGACUUUUUUUCUUCUUUCUUUCAAAAAGAAAGCUGGCCAAUAUGCGGGGUCUGAAAGUGUUGUUGUUUUAUUACCUUUAAAUACCCGCUAUUCUCGCGCGAUCUUGCAAACCUCGCGUGAACCGAUCGAGCCGCUCCACAGACGCGCUGCUCGUGAAACGCGUCCCAUGGAAAUUGACGGCGAGCGUCACUGGUGUGUUAUCGCGGCGGGAUCGUUGACGCGACAUUGACGUUUCUAGUGUGUUACCGGCGUUAGGCGAACGCUAUGCUAACGCUACAAGUUACUUUAGUGUGUGAUGAUCACUCAGCACCAGAGGUUGCGCUAGACAUUUUCGUUGUCUGUCAUUUUGACAGACAGGGUCAUAAAAAUCCAGUCGUAAUCUAUUUUUACCCGUCACUUAAAUUUUUAAAAUGAUAAAGAUGACAUAUUCAAUAGUAUUUAGUUUUCAUUCAUUUUUAAUUAAUAUUGUAACGCUUGCUUGGCGGAGAAAAAUUAGACACGGAAGUCGUGGUAUUUUUCUCCCUCUUUUUACUCUGCUUACCGCCAAUAACACCAAAAAAACAACAACUCCGCCCCCAAAGAAAAAGAGGCACCUAUAUAGACCCCAAUCACCAACGUCACACAAUGAUCUUAAUUGUGGUUGUCAGCCCAAAAUCUUCUAAAUAUAUAUUAAAUGCAUCUUACCAGAUAUAAAAUGACUACUACAUAGUCUGUGGUGAUCGUUUGGUGCCCAGAUUUCUUGUCGAAUUACAGCAGUCCAUCUCGCUCUCCUCUUCGGGUCUCUCAGAAUACGGUAGAACUUCAAGUCUCUCCGUCUAUCUUCUCUGUUACUGCAACCAACCGCCACACACGCCUUCACCAUUUUGAUUAUUAAUGUUAACGAGCAGAAAAACACGCCGUAAUAGGAGGCAUGUACUUAGUGGUAAUGUGUAAACAGGACGAGCUGACGGACAAUAUGGCGGCUCCAGUCAGUGGGGCGGAGUUGUGACGUCAUGUGACUGGGGUCUAUACACAGGCGGCAAUCUAGUCCACCAAUUGGAUGAUGCGCUGGCACACCGGGUGCACCAAUAAGAACCUCGCGUUGAUGUGUCAAUCACGGUGCCGCCGCCAGACCCCGGUGACACUACAAUAUUCUGACAGUAUAGCCAACGACGUCAUGCAUUAAGAGAGACAAUAGCUAAUUAAUAUGCUCACUCGCCACCCUGAGGUCUGGGGUGUGAAUUGCAACCUGUCAAAAUGACGGACGGACUUCAGUUUUUUCCGUCACCGUUUUAAAAAACCGGUCAACGACGGAAAAUAUUUGGUUAACGCGACCCCUGCUCAGAACAGACCUUUAAAGGCUAAAGCAACAUGGCAUAUCUAGCCAAGAUAAGAAAGCAAAACUUAUCAAGCAGCACCUGACACAUACUGUAUGUUUCACAAAAAGAGCCUGGAAUGGGCACGGGCUUACCGGCGUGUAGGGUGAGAGGACGGGGGAAGGCACAGCAAGUCACAUGAGUGACACGGCUAAACACUGCUAAAUGCGUUCUAACUACACAUACAAUAAGAAAAUAUGACACAUUGUGAAUUUAUGAUGGAAACUAUGGCAAAUUUUCAUCUUGUUCUUGUGCCGUCAGAUGACAACAGACAUCCAUCUCGUUAUAUUUUUGUCUCCCAAACCACAAUUUCUGCGCGUCAUCGUGACGUCAUAAUCAUGAAAAAAUUGUUUGGCGACGAAAUAUUUUCGUUAUCGUAGUUGACGAAAACAACAGUUCACCGAAUAUAAUGGCAUUUAACACAUUUUAUUUUAUUAAUGUGACGUGUAAUACAUUUUUGGGGAGUUAUUUUUACAUUUGGUUCCAAAGGUUCCAAUUUACGCGGAAAUUCAGGUUACAUCGCCAGUUUAGGAACGGAAUUUGUUCAUAAUCCAGGGACUACCUGUAAUAAGACUGUAUCUUUAACCAGCCUGGGUUUCAAAUUUGCAUUUUUCUUUCCUCAGAUUGGUUGGUCACAGCAAACUUUGAUUAAAAAAACAAGUUUUAAUUCAGACCUACUCCAGAUGAUUCAAUUUGCACAUUUGUGCGCUGUCAUUUGCGUUUUUACAUAGUAAUGACAGUUUAUAUAAUUGCCACGUGAUUAUAGAAGUAUUAAGCCGUGGAUUAAAUCAGGUAAAUCCCUACUGAAGAUAAACACCACCGCAAACUACAGGCUUAGGUUUUAGGGUUAACCCUUAACCCUAUAACCCAUAAUGGUAAAAAUAGUACAUGACUGAAAGUGUCAAUCAAAUUACUUAAAUACAGGAUUGCAUAAAGUACUUAUGGGAAUGUUCAGGUUUACCAAAUGUUCAAUGUUUGUAUUCGUACACACAAAAUGAGUACAGGGUUGAUGCAAUUAUGGCAGAUGCAUAGCAAAAUAGAGGGUUUCGAUUAAAAAAAGAAGUAGAAAUCUAUAGUAAUUGAGGAAAUUAAGCAUUUCUGUCAAUACACUGUAGCAGUUUAGUACAUUGUCGGCUGUGAAAGAAGCAAAUAAAUGUUUACGCAGCUUCUUUGAACACCAUCUUUACUUUUUUGUUCCUAGCUAAUUUAUCAACUGUGGUUGGAGUAAGAAAUAUCGCAAGUAGCAAUGCGUUUCAUAUUCAUAUUCAUCUUAUUGAUGGCAAUCCUGAACCAAAAGAGUGAGCGUAAAAGGUUUACAGAAGACUGUUUUUUUUUGUGUUUUCAGGCUACAACUGCAUAUUUGUAGCACGCUUAUAAAUACUGGAUGCAUGUGGUCUUUAUAAACACAUUUUUAAAGGCACAAUGGAUUCAUUUGGAUGAUAAAUGUGCAAACAGAUGUGAGCAAAGGCCAUAAGGGACACUGCAGCAAUGUAACUGGAGAAAAAUGGAAACAUACAAUGACCGCCACCUUGGAGGCUAUUGACAUUUUCAUUUAAUAGGUUGGCUCUGGGAAAAGAUAUCUUCAACUCAAGGACCUUGUAGUACUAAGAAUGACUGUAGUGGACGUGUAGUUAACAUGGUCAUUCACAUUAUAGUCUUACACUAUGAUGAGCAUUUUUUAAAAUUUUGUUCCUGUAUUCCCUUGAAAAUAAUUAGGAACACUGCUAGUAGUAUAAACUCAUUCACUGCCUUAAAGAGUCAUACACAUUAAAUCCAUUUCAGCAGAGAUGGCUGGAACUGAGUGAUCAUGCUUGGCUGCCACUCAUGGUGAUAGACAUCCGAUUCAUAUCGUCAAAUUGGAUUGGACGUCUGUCGCUGUCAAGGGCGGCUAAUGAGAUGAAUCCCGCCAAAUGUACCAAAUAUCACCAGGAAAAAUGGACAAUUCUCAAGUACGAAAUACAGUCGUUUCUCUCAGAAAUGUCCCAACGUCUCUCAAACGAGGCUGCUCGCAGAUCUAAAACGGUGAAUUGCUGUAAUGUGCUGGCAGCUCUGCGACAGUAAAAUUGUUUUAAAGUUUGGAAUUCACAGUGGAGCAGCAUCAGACCCUCCCCCAUCACUCUCCAUUGAAAAAUGCAAUUGAUGCAAAUACCCAACGGCAGUGAAUGAGGGUUUAGUAUACAUUUAUCAUAUUAAAUGACUGGUUUGAUUGAUUUAAUACCUAAGAUUGAAAUAAAACACAUACAUUUAGCAAAUUUCUGUUGAAUUAUUGGUUAUUCAAGUAGGACAUUUCAAGUUAGAAAAUUGCAGUUUAAAAUGAGCAUUACCAUAAAAAUAAAGUAUUUUACAAAGACAUUUCUAUUUCUUUUUUUAAUUUUCUGUUAUUAAUAGUAUACCUUUUCAACGGAAUUUCUUUUCGCCCACUGUGCAAUACCUCCACAAACCCACCCCCCAAAUAAAUGAUUGCGGCCAUCCUUCCUCAGAAAUUCUAAGAUAUAAUGUGUUACUUUUUGAAUGCCAACCCUCCCACGUAAAAUGGGUUGGACAUCUAGUGCCAUCAAUGGCAGCUAAUGAGGUAAAUAAUAAAUAAAUAAAUAAAAUUACUUCUUCCUCCGGCCAAGAUGCACCCUCCCACCUAUUAGUUUAUCAAUAAUAGACUCCCAAUCCGUUAGAAGUCAGAGGGUGGCAGCAAGUGAACUUACCCUCCCACUUCAAAUGGAUUGGACGUCUAGCGCUGUCAUUGGCAGCCAAUGGGUUAGGCAGUGUCUGUACAAGCCAUGAUAGCAUUUACUUCACAGUCAAGUAAGUAGACAGUAAGUCAGCAUUAAAAGAAACAUUUCUUAGAUAUUUCUCCAAAAACAGGAUUGUAUCGGCAUCGACCUACAGUGGGGAGAACAAGUAUUUUAUAC